AUGACAGGCGCCGCUCCCAUUGACAUCACCACUCGACAGUCGACCUCGGUCUCACCACCGGGGCAACAGGCCUCGAAUCUCACUUCGGCCCUCCAGAGAGCUGGUACUGGCCCCCCGCCUCGCAAGGACUCGAUCGGUGCCGCUAAUGUACAAUGGGGAAAUGGGACAAAGCCGAUCUCCAUGUCGGGAUCUGCUCGUGACAAGGGCCGCCGGGAAUCCCUCGCAGGAAGCUUGGUGGGCGGUAUGAGCUGGGGUGGCGUGUCUGUAGGAAGCUGGAUUCGUGAUGAUAUCAUCAUGACCGGCACCUCUCCAUUUACCUUCCAGUCGCCUUCUUUCCACUCUUCCUCAUAUCUGCCGAAGCUGGAGGCCAACUUCAUGCGGGACUUUUCCUGCUGCGGUGUGACGUUACCGACGCUCCAUGACCUAUUACAACAUUACGAGGAAGCCCAUGCGACCAAGUCGCCCAACCAAGGACAUCGCCCGAGCCAGGGUGAAAACCGGGCUGCCAUGGCAGCCGCCGCGAUCGCACAGCAACAGAGCCAGCAACAUGGCAAUCAAGGGCGUGGCCUACAGCCCGACCGCACCCUCGACAUGCAACGGAAGAUGGGCCAACCCCCCUCUGCAUUACAGCACGUGGAUCUGGACACGAUGGAUGACAUGGAGUUGGACGACCCGAUGGGCGACGCGGAUGCUGCAACUUCCCAGCUCUUUUCCCCCCAGUUACGCGAAGGUGGUCAAGGCGGAUUUGGCAACUCCAACCAAGGUUCGCAAUUAAAUCUGGGCAUGCUUCCUAGCCAUCAGGGCUUCAAUACCCCUUCUCAGCCCGGUACUCCUAUCGGUUCUGCACGCCCACUUUCCCUGUCGAACAAUCCUACCGUCUCCUCCGUCAAUACCCCAACUCUGAUGGCCAAUCCGCUUCAGAAUUCGCAGUUCCGAAAUACCCCCGACUCGUCUGGGCCUGGAACUCCAGCUGAGAUCGAUGAGAGCGUGGUAGGCGGAUUUGGCGAUCUCACUAUGCAGCAAAAUAUGAUGGGCCAGAACCAGGUCCAAUAUGGACGCUACCCUGGUAAUAAUGAUAUGGUCGACCUGUGCAUCGACGAGCCGGCCAAGCGGCUGUUCAGCCCAAAUGGUGGCAUGGGCACUCCCAAUGCUCACUUCAAGCUCAGCGGAGCCCAAUAUGGCCCCAACAGUGAUAUUGCUCGGCGGAUUCGGGAACAGCAGCUUCUGGCGGGUGUUCCUGACACCACAUCUAUCCUUCCGAAUGAGGAGCCCAAGCCGUUCCGUUGCCCUGUCAUUGGUUGUGAGAAGGCAUAUAAGAACCAGAAUGGUCUAAAGUAUCACAAGGCUCACGGCCACAAUAACCAACAGCUCCACGAUAACGCCGAUGGAACCUUCUCGAUUGUCAAUCCGGAGACUUCAACACCUUACCCUGGUACCCUGGGUAUGGAGAAGGAGAAGCCGUACCGCUGUGAAGUUUGCGGCAAGCGCUAUAAGAAUCUUAACGGCCUGAAAUAUCACAAAUCGCACUCGCCCCCUUGCAACCCGGAUUUCCAGCUUGCAGCAGGCCGCAACCUGAAUCUCGGCGGUGGCGUCAUGCAGGGACAGAACAUUAACGUUGCAGGAGCUGGCCUCCCCGGUAUCGGCGAGGAGGGUCUUCUGUAA